UCUACCUGUGGUUGUGGUUCAGAGUUAUUUUCGGUUACCAUGUCUUCUGCUAUGGAUAAGGCGCUGAUGGCCAUGUCUCUAGAGGAAGAAGAAGUUCCAUUCGAUCUUCCUGAUACCCCAGCUUACUGUUCAAGUGAUAAAAAUGAGUUCAGCCUGAUAGGUCGUCUUCUUAAUCCAGAAUGUCAAAAGAUGGCUAACCUGAUUUUGGAUUUGCCUAGAAAAUGGCAAAAGUAUGAUAGAGUCAGAGGUGUGGCUCUAUCAAGAGAGCGUUUCCAGUUUUUCUUCAAGUAUGAACAUGACCUAAAUGAAAUCUUGGACAAAGGUGUCCAUACUUUCAAUGAAUGGGCUCUUGCUACAGAGCGUUGGGAAGAGCAGCCUUCAAGUGAAUCUCUGCAGUUUGUUCCGAUCUGGGUGCAAAUCAGAAACAUUCCUAUUAAUCAUUACACUGAGGAGGCGAUUACUGCUUUAGGAGAUCUUGUUGGUCUUGUUACUGAAAUUGCAUUUGAUCCUACUAAAGCGCAGAACAAAGAGUUUGUGAGAGUGAAAGUUAAAUUUGAUGUGUCUAAACCUCUUAGACAGUCGAAAGUGAUCAAUCUGCCUAAGGGAGGCUCAACCACAGUUCACUAGUUCUAUGAAAGAAUUCAGAAGAGAUGCUAUUCUUGUCAAAGGUUAACUCACGCGCGUGAGGUGUGCCCUAUUUUGAUCAUGAAACGUCAAGCUUUGGCGGCUGAAAGAAGACUUGGA